GAAAACAUAGUAAAAACAACAGUAGUGGGUCGUAAUUUUCAUUUCCGGUAAAUGACGACGUACUCGGCUCUGAUCUGGUGCGUUGAAGACUACUCAGAAUUCAGGUGAUUGUUUCACUUUAAUCUUAAUGGAAGCCAAAUUUUUUCGCUUUCUUAAGAUUGUGGGUGUUGGGUACAAAGCCAGAGCUGAAGCCGAAGGACGCCUCUUAUUUCUCAAAUUGGGAUAUAGCCAUGAGGUUGAACUGACUGUUCCUCCAGCAGUACGUGUGUUCUGCUUCAAAAACAAUGUAAUUUGUUGCACUGGAAUUGACAAGCAUAGAGUGCACCAGUUUGCUGCUGCUGUUCGUAGCUGUAAGCCGCCCGAAGUGUACAAAGGCAAGGGUAUAAUGUACGUUGAUGAAGUUAUCAAGAAGAAGCAAGGAAAGAAAUCAAAAUGAUCGCAAAGAGAAUGAGUAGUGUUGGAGAAUGUUUUAUAGUAACCCAUGGUAGGACAUACUAUGGCCUCAUUUUGCAAAGCUGGGUUUGGCCCGAGUUCAAAUCAAAGAAUGGAGAAUUCUUCUUGCCUGGUGCUUCUUGUGCUAGUUUAAGAGCAUUGCAAUAUUGGAUCCAACUUUCUCCGAAUCAGUUUGGAGACUUUGCUUUUCAAUUCAAGAUGUUAUUCUUACUGUUUUUGUUGUUAUUAGAUAAUAAUAAAACAUCUCCAUGUAAUUUCGUGGGAAGAGUUUUCAAACUAAUUCUUGAUCCUAUUGUCA